UUUGUAUCUGGAAUAUAUCGUAACCCCAGAAACUAGACAGACAUUCUCUCUAAAUUGUAUUAUAAAAUGGUCUUGAACACUUCUGAAGCUACUGCUCACCUCAAAACCUACGCCGCUAAGGAUGGUUUGGAUGUCAAGUCUCUUAUUGACUCUUCCAACUUUGGUGGUUUGACCUACAAUGACUUUUUGGUCUUGCCAGGUUUGAUCAACUUCCCAUCUUCCAGUGUUGACUUGGACGUCAAGUUGACCAAGAAGAUCACCUUGAAGGCUCCAUUUGUUUCUUCUCCUAUGGACACUGUCACUGAAGAAAACAUGGCUAUCCACAUGGCUCUUUUGGGUGGUAUUGGUAUUAUCCACCACAACUGUACUGCUGACGAACAAGCUGAAAUGGUUAGAAAGGUCAAGAAGUACGAAAACGGUUUCAUUAACGAUCCAGUUGUCGUUUCCCCAGAUGUCACUGUUGGCCAAGUUAAGGCUAUGAAGCAAACCUUGGGUUUCACCACUUUCCCAGUUACUGACAACGGUAAAGUUGGAGGUAAAUUAGUUGGUAUUGUCACUUCUCGUGACGUCCAAUUCCAUGACAACAAUGACUCUAAGAUCUCUGAAGUCAUGACUACUGAAUUGGUCACUGGUGAAGAAGGUAUUGACUUGGCCACUGGUAACGAAAAGUUGAGAUCUUCCAAGAAGGGUAAGUUACCAAUUGUAGACAAGAACGGUAACUUGGUCUCUUUGAUCUCUUUGACUGACUUGCAAAAGAACCAAGACUACCCAUUGGCUUCCAAGUCUUUCCACUCUAAGCAAUUGUUGUGUGGUGCCGCCGUUGGUACUAUCUUAGCUGACAGAGAAAGAUUGGCCAAGUUGGUUGAUGCUGGUUUGGAUGUUGUCGUUUUGGACUCUUCUAACGGUUCUUCUAUUUUCCAAUUGGAUAUGAUCAAGUGGAUUAAGGAAACUUACCCAGAAUUACAAAUCAUCGCUGGUAAUGUUGUUACCAGAGAACAAGCUGCCCUCUUGAUUGAGGCUGGUGCUGAUGCUUUGAGAAUUGGUAUGGGUUCCGGUUCUAUCUGUAUCACUCAAGAAGUCAUGGCCUGUGGUAGACCACAAGGUACUGCUGUUUACAAUGUUACUGAAUUUGCUAACCAAUUCGGUGUUCCAUGUAUCGCUGAUGGUGGUAUUGGUAACAUUGGUCACAUCACCAAGGCUUUGGCCUUGGGUGCUUCUGCUGUCAUGAUGGGUGGUUUACUUGCUGGUACUGCUGAAACCCCAGGUGACUACUUCUACAGUGAUGGUAAGAGAUUGAAGACUUACCGUGGUAUGGGUUCUAUUGAUGCUAUGCAACAAACCUCCACCAACGCCAAUGCUUCUACUUCCCGUUACUUCUCUGAAUCUGACAAGGUUUUGGUUGCUCAAGGUGUUUCUGGUUCUGUGGUUGACAAGGGUUCUAUCGUCAAGUUUGUUCCAUAUUUGUUCAACGGUUUGCAACACUCUUUGCAGGAUAUUGGUGUUAAAUCCAUUGACGAUUUGAGAACUAACGUUGACAACGGAUCCGUCAGAUUUGAGUUCAGAACUGCUUCUGCUCAAUUUGAAGGUGGUGUUCACGGUUUGCACUCCUACGAAAAGAGAUUGCACAACUAGAGUGUAUAACUGUUUAUGAAUAAAAUAUAAUAAAAUAAUAAGA